AUGCGCUUGCGUCGAGGAACAUUAUUUCAAUCCAUUCCAACUAUUGAUCAACAUUUACUUCAAGAUAAGCAACAUCCUUUAUCAUGGAUUAUGUCCGAAUUUGUUGCCAUUACAGCGGCAGCAGCGGCUCGAAUACUAUUUGCUAUUCAUGGCAUUGCAGCUAUUUGGCGAGUAGCAUUAGUAUAUAAACAAAACAAAUAUUGGUUUCAAGCUAUCACUCUUUUUGGUAUCCCGGCUGAAUUUUUCGUUACACUCUAUGUUAAUAAUGGUCACGAAUGGAAAUGGUUUUGUCCAUCCGUAUUCUUUUAUUUAUGUACUGUUAUACCAAGUGUAUGGUUUCUUGAACUUGAUCUUGCCGAAAGACGAUCAAAAUUUAAUGUAACACAAGUACUUGGUUUAAUUCCGGUAUCACAAGGAAUUACUCAUCUUGAUACUGAAGAUACAAUACCACUCGUUCCAUGGAAAAUUCCAGCUGAAAUGUGGACACAAAUUGUUGAACAAACACUUCUUCUUGUUCUUAUUAUUGGACGUUGGUUAUUACCCGUCGGAAAAACAAUGACACGUGAUCAACUUUCUCAAUUAUUACUUGUCUAUAUUGGUACAGCAGCGGAUAUAAUUGAAUUAUUUGAAGCAUUUAAAGAACAUGAUGUUCAACGUAAUCUAACUAUAAUACAUCUUAUUUUAACAGCUUGGUCAAUAAGUUUAAUGCAAUUCACACUUGUUGUUACAUCAACAAAAACACGUAAAAAACGUACAGUAGUUUUUGGACGAACAGAUUCAAAAGAAAUUGAAACAUGUUUUGGUUGUCGAUUAUUUUGGGAAACUGAACUAUGGGCUCUGUCAACUACAAUUCUUUUACAAGAUGGUCCAUUCCUUUGUCUUCGUCUUGGUUUAAUAAUUCAUUAUAAAAUAAUUUCACAAUCAAAUGUAUUUUUUACGACCAAAAAUUUUCUUGUUGUUCUAUUACAAUUCUAUCGAGUUUGUGUUAUUGUAAUUGAACAUCGAAAACGUCAUUUACUGGCACGCUUAUAUGAUAUUAAUGCAAUAAAUCAAACACCUAAUCAUUUACCUGUUGUACGACGAAAAUCUUCUAUAGCACGGAAAAAACGACCUGGUUCAAUAGUAACAACACCAAGGGGUAGUUUUAUUUUACAAUCAAAUUCAAUGACGAAUCUUCGUCCUAUUAGUAUGAAUGGUGAUCAUGUUAGUUUCGAUGGAAAUUCAGAUCCAUUACCAAGACGAAAACAUUCAUCUGCGGAGCCAUUGGAAGGAAAGGAGAAACGUAUGUCGACAGAAACAAUAUUUCGACAAUUGGGCAGACUUAACGAAUCUUAUACGGGUAUCGGACCCGGUAAGACACGUGAAGAAUACUUGAAAUUAUUUUCCCGAGCAAGCUACUCAACACAGAAUGAAUGGCCUUAUUCCAGUCCAUUUGCUGGCUUCUAUGAUAUAUCAAACACAAGUACAGGUUUAAUUUUACUCAAUCAACGAUAUAAAUUUUCACAUUUACGCGGAAAAAUUUUACCGAAAGAAACUACACGUCCAUCUGAAGAAGAUUAUAAAACAUUUUACGAAGCUAUUCUUGAAUCUGAACAAGAACCAAAAUCAAAACAUUCACAUAAACUUCUAUUACCAAGAAUACCGGUUGAUCCUUAUCGACAUUUCGAAAGUAUGUUUACAGGUCAAAACAAAUAUUGGCAUAAUCGUAUGUGUAAAGGUUCACACUCAGUUGACAAUACAACAGAUCAACCUAUUAUUGAAACAAAUAUGACGCUACGAUCUCGUCGACCACAAACAGCUAGACCAUUUCAUAAAAAACGAAAUCUUUCAUCAUCACCUCAUCGUCGUUCUCAAUCUGCUUCAGGCACCUAUGAUAAACUGAUUGAUGAAUGUCAAACUGAUCCAACAUUUGCUGAAUCACUUUGGCAAUAUUACCAUUAUGUUGUAGAAAAAUCACAACGACCUAAACUUGGUUUACAACAAUUUCAUAUUAAAGAACCAUCAAAUAAACGUUGGAGACAAAGUGGAAUCUAUCGUAAUCCGGCAUUAACACAUGGUCAAAAAUUAUAUUUAUUAGAAAAAUGUCAUAUUUAUGACAUGGGAGAUACGAAAGCACGUCAUACAAAUGCUUAUGUACAAGUUUUAACUAGACGUUUUAAUGCAGGUUUAAAUGAUCCAAGAGAUUAUUUUACAUAUGCAAAAUUUUUGAAAACUCCACGUCCAACAGCUCGUUCAUUAAAUACAGGUUAUUUUACUUCUAAAAAACCUAAUCAUCCUCGUAUACCCAGUAAUCAUAAAAAACAACAAAUCGAUAUACAUUCAAAUAAUUAUCUUGAUAAAAAAGAUUUUGCUAUUAGAUCAAGUUCAUCAUCGACAAAUAAAAAAUUAUCGAAAGACUAUAGUUCGAAUUCAUCUCGACGUAUUAGUGCAACAUCAUUUUCAACUAAUAAUGAAAAUACUGUUACUGUUCGUCUUCGUCAUGAACCAAAACAAAUACCUAAAAUUCCUGUUGUAUCAUCAGAAUCACAUGAUUAA